CGCGACACCGCGCUGGCUUUUCUCUCGUCUUCCCGGCCGAGGUUUCCCUGUUCUCCCUCACACGGAUCUCACUCUGAAAGACGGGCAGCAUGUCGGAUUACAACGCGGUGCCGUCUCUCGGGGCCGGAGGUGCGGCGCUGGGAGCCGGAGGAAUGAAGAAGGACGCGUUUGCGGACGCGGUGCAGCGAGCCCGGCAGAUCGCGGCCAAGAUCGGCGGAGAAGCCACGGGCGGCGCCAUGAGCAACAACGGCGGUACGGAAGGAUUCCCGUUCGCGCAGAAGCGCUCGCUGGAGGACGGAGAUCAGCCGGACAGUAAGAGGUUGGCGCCGCAGAGUGACCGGGACAACGCCACGGCGCUGUCUAUCGGCGCUCAGCUGGCUGCGCUCUCUCAGCAGAGUGGGCAUCCCGGCACUGUAACGGAGGACUACGGAGUACCGGACAGCAUGGUCGGCCUCAUCAUUGGCCGAGGAGGUGAACAGAUCAACAAGAUCCAGUCCGAGUCGGGCUGUAAGGUCCAGAUCUCCCCGGACAGUGGAGGACUACCCGAGAGGAACGUGUCCCUGACCGGCUCGUCCGACUCCAUUCAGAAGGCCAAGAUGCUGCUGGACGACAUCAUCUCGCGGGGGCGGGGCACGCCGCCCUCCUCCUUCCACGAGUCCAACGGGAGCGGCGGUGGCAGCGGCGGCCACAUGCAGGAGAUCAUCAUUCCCGCCGGAAAGGCCGGACUCGUCAUCGGCAAGGGCGGAGAAACCAUCAAGCAGCUCCAGGAACGCGCUGGUGUGAAGAUGAUUCUCAUCCAGGAUCCGUCUCAGGGGCCCAACAUGGACAAACCGCUGCGCAUCAUCGGAGACCCUUACAAAGUGCAGCAAGCCUGUGAGAUGGUGCAGGAGAUCCUGAGGGAGCGAGAUCAGUUCGGAGAGAGGAACGAGUACGGCUCGCGCAUGGGCGGAGGAGGAGGAGGAGGAGGAGGAGGAGGGGGAGGAGGCGGCGGCAUCGAGGUGUGUGUGCCGGUCCCGCGUCACUCGGUGGGCGUGGUGAUUGGCCGGAGCGGGGAGAUGAUCAAAAAGAUCCAGAGCGACGCCGGGGUGAGGAUACAGUUCAAAGCAGACGACGGCUCCGGGCCGGACAAGAUCGCGCACAUCCUGGGUACCCCCGAAUGCUGCGAGCACGCCGCCAGCAUCAUCGACGACCUCCUGCAGAGCAUCCGCGUCCGAGAGGAGGGCGGGGGGCCUCCAGGUCCUCCGGGCGCGGGCAUGCCUCCCGGCGAGCGAGGCAGGGGCCGAGGGCCCGGCGGCUGGGGCGGCCCCCCCGGGGGCGGCGGCGGCGAGAUGACCUUCUCCCUCCCCGCCCACAAGUGCGGCCUGGUGAUCGGGCGCGGCGGCGAGAGCGUCAAGGCCAUCAACCAGCAGACGGGCGCCUUCGUGGAGAUCUCGCGCCAGCCGCCGCCCAACGGCGACCCCAACUUCAAGCUCUUCACCAUCCGGGGGAACCCGCAGCAGAUCGAGCACGCCAAGCAGCUCAUCGAGGACAAGAUCGAGGGGCCUCUGUGUCCGGUAGGUCCAGGUCCGGGUGGGCCCGGUCCGGGGGGCCCGAUGGGACCCUACAACCCCAAUCCGUAUCAGCCGGGACCCCCAGGAGCCCCGCCACACCCCGGACCCCCAGGCGCCCACCAGUACCCCCAGGGCUGGGGAAACACCUACCAGCAGUGGCAGCCGCCUGCGCCCGGCGACCCCGGUAAAGCCGCGGCGGACCACAGCGCGGCCUGGGCGGCGUAUUACGCGCAGUGCUACCAGCAGCCCGGGGCGCCCGGACAGACGCCCGGGGCCCAGCCGGCGGCCGCCGCCGCCGACCAGAGCCAGGCGGCUCCCGGCGCCAACCAGCCCGACUACACCAAGGCCUGGGAGGAGUACUACAAGAAAAUGGCUCAGGCAGGUGGUGGCGCCGAAGCUCCGGCGGCGGGCGGCGCCGCUCCCUCGGCGCCCGGUGCGGCCGGACAGACGGACUACAGCGCCGCCUGGGCGGAGUACUACAGACAGCAGGCGGCGUAUUACGGCCAGAACCCCGGCCAGAACCCGGCGCAGCCUGCACCCACACAGCAGGGCCAGCAGGCGCAGUGAGGUGAGCUCAGUCUCCGGCCACGCCCUGGUCCCCGCCCCGCCCCGCCCUCCUCUCAUCCUCCGAUCCUCGGCGGCCGAGAGGAACGAAGAGAAGCGGCUUGUAUAUGAUCAGAUCUGUUUUUUUUUUAUUGUUUUGUUUCUUCUUUGCUGUUAUACGGACUAAAACCAAGCGUAGCUGAUUCUUCCUCACCCUCCUCAUCCUCCUCAUCCAUCAGAAUGUGAUCGAACCCUCACCAGGAGACUAAAGGGGAACGCCUCGACUCGCCCCGCCGCCUCCUCCGCCUAACCCUCGUCUGUAAUCGGACUCCAGUGCUUCGUUAUUUUAAGUGACAUCGAGCGACUGUACAAACGUCUGUUUUGCUUUUAGUCUUUUAUAUAUAAAGCGUUUAGUUUGGAACAUUCCCAGUGUUUUCAUGUGAAGCUCUUCUAGUGUUUCGGUGUGGUCCAGAGGUGUGCGUGUGUGAAUGAGUGUGUGAGUGAAGUCCUGGUCUCCACGCUGCUACCCAAGUCGUUUUUUUUUGUUUGUUGUUUUUUUUUUUUUUAAAUUACGUCUCGUUUUUAAACCCUCCCGAUGGAACGCGGACGUGACGCGCGGGGACCGUUCUACUCGCCCCGCUCCCGAGUCGGCGGGGGCGCAGGACUCUCUUCUUCACCUCCGUCCCGUCAUGUGAUCCAGCGACGCUUCACUAAAUGUCACCGGUUCUUUCUGUAACACGUUUCAAUAAAAUCCUAAAGUGA